GUGUGGUUGCUGGGCGGCAUGGCUGAACAGGAGAGCCUGGAGUUUGGGAAAGCAGACUUUGUCCUCCUGGACCAGGUGACCAUGGAAGAAUUCAUGGAGAACCUGAAACUGAGGUUUGAGAAGGGGAGGAUCUACACAUACAUUGGGGAGGUGGUGGUCUCUGUGAACCCCUACAAGCAGAUGGAUCUGUACGGCAAGGACACGAUUGAACAGUAUCGGGGCCGAGAACUGUAUGAGCGACCGCCUCAUCUCUAUGCUGUGGCUGACGCGGCCUACAAAGCCAUGAAGCGGAGGGCCAAAGACACCUGCAUUGUCAUCUCAGGAGAGAGUGGAGCAGGGAAGACGGAAGCCAGCAAGUAUAUUAUGCAAUAUAUUGCUGCCAUUACAAACCCCACCCAGAGAGCAGAGGUGGAAAGGGUAAAGAACGUUUUGCUGAAGUCCAACUGCGUGCUGGAGUCUUUCGGCAACGCAAAGACCAACCGCAAUGACAACUCCAGCCGCUUUGGCAAAUACAUGGACAUCAACUUUGACUUCAAAGGGGACCCAACGGGGGGCCACAUAAACAACUACCUCCUGGAGAAGUCUCGCAUUCUCCAACAGCAGCCAGGCGAGAGGAACUUCCACGCCUUCUAUCAGUUGCUCCUUGGGGCCUCGGACGCUUUGCUGGACUUGCUCUACCUCGGCAGAGAUCCCGAAGCUUACAGAUUCACCAGAGAGGGAGCCAGAAACAACUACUCGGGCAGUGACCGAGCCAACCACAAAGCAGUUGAAGUUGCCAUGAAGGUGAUCGGCUUUAGCCCAGAAGAGAUGGACUCCAUCUACAAGAUCUUGGCAGCCAUCUUGCACUUGGGCAACGUGUGUUUCGUCACUGCAGAGGAUGCCAUGAAAGUCGAGAAUGACCAUCUGGUUUCCUACCUCGCAGAGCUGACCUCGACGGAAGCCGGGAGUCUCCUCAAUACACUCCUGUACCGGGCAGUGGCUGCUGGGGGCGGGGAGGUGAUCCACAAAGCCCACAGCAUCAACGAGGCUAACUACGCACGGGAUGCCUGCGCCAAGGCCUUCUAUGAGCGCCUUUUUUGCUGGAUCGUUGCCCGUAUCAAUAAGGUCAUCGAGGUGAAGAACUACGACGCCCGACUGCAUGGCAAGAACACCGUGAUUGGCGUCCUGGACAUCUACGGCUUUGAGAUCUUUGACACCAACAGUUUCGAACAGUUCUGCAUCAAUUAUUGCAAUGAGAAGCUGCAGCAACUCUUCAUCGAGCUAAUCCUGAGGCAGGAGCAGGCGGAGUACCAGCGGGAGGGCAUCGAGUGGCAACACAUUGAAUACUUCAAUAACCAAAUCAUUGUGGACCUGGUGGAAGAGCCGCACAAGGGCAUCGUUGCCAUUCUGGACGAGGCCUGCCUGACAGCUGGCAAAGUCACCGACGCCCUCUUCCUGGACUCAAUGAACAACAGGCUCGGCAAACACCCCCACUACACCAGCAGGAAGAUCAGUCCUACCGACAAGUCUAUGGAGUUUGGACGGGACUUCCGAAUCAAGCACUAUGCGGGAGAGGCAAUGUAUUCUGUGGAGGGAUUUCUUGACAAGAACAAGGACACCCUUUUCCAGGACUUCAAGAGGCUGAUGUAUAACAGUGCAGAUCCCGUUCUGCGAGAGAUGUGGCCGGAGGGUAAACAGAGCAUCACCGAGGUGACCAAACGGCCUCUGACAGCCGCCACCCUCUUCAAGAAUUCCAUGGUGGCUCUGGUGGGGAACCUGGCUUCUAAGGAGCCGUAUUACGUCCGUUGCAUCAAACCCAAUGACCAGAAGUCGCCGUGCCUCUUUGACGAGGAACGCUGUCGCCACCAGGUGUCCUACUUGGGGCUGCUGGAGAACCUGCGCGUCCGGAGGGCCGGUUUUGCUUACAGGCAGCCCUACGACCGCUUCCUGCUCCGGUACAAGAUGACCUGCGAGUACACGUGGCCCAACCACCUCAUGGCCACAGACCGUGAGGCCACGCAAGCCCUGAUGGAGCAGCGUGGCUUCCAAGACGACGUCGCUUAUGGACAAACCAAGAUCUUUAUCCGCACGCCACGAACCCUGUUCUGUCUGGAACUAGAGCGUGCCCAGCUGAUACCCAUCAUCGUACUGUUACUGCAGAAGGCUUGGAGGGGUGCCCUGGCCCGCAAGCGCUGCCGAUACCUCCGGGCUGUCUACACCAUCAUGAACUAUUUCAAGCGCUACAAAGUGAAGUCCUACUUGCUGGAGCUGGUGCAGAGCUUCCAGGCCGUGCGCAGCAUGCCCGACUACGGCAAGAGCGUGGCGUGGCCGGAGCCCCCGGCUGUGCUGGUGCCCUUCCAGGAAAACAGCAAGCUCAUCUUCCGCAGGUGGCACGCCAGACAGAUUGUGAAAAACAUCCCUCCUUCUGACAUGGAGCAGAUUAAGGCCAAGGUGGCGGCUCUGGACGUCUUGCAGGGGCUUCGGAAGCACUGGGGCUGCGGCAGGAGCUGGGGGCGGAACUAUUUGAUGUCGGGGAAGCCUCCGCCUCCUGGCCCUUCCCUUGAGAAGUUUCUUCACCUGGGGCCUGGUUUCUAUGGCAACCUGAAGGCUUUUUACAAAAUCUGCUGCCCCCUCCUCUUUCCUGGCUCUUCCCUCCUUCCCUUUGCUUUGCCCUCCGGCGCCUUCCUCUUCAGCCCCACCUGGAGUCAAGGAAAUGGCAUCUUGCUGGCCUGCUGUGAACUCCACAGUGCUCAGGAGACCGGGAGCAAAGCUCCCAUGUGGGCGGGAGGCCCCCGCAGCCGCUCCUGUGCUCGCUGGCUGCAGAGUCAUGUUCAGCCGAAGCAGAAGAGCUCCCCCUCCCACACCGUCAGGCAUAGCCAGCAUCCAGGGCUGGAGAAGGGAGAGGAACCCCAGGAGCCCCGUGAGACAGGGAGCAGCGGCCACCAAGUAAACCACUGUAACAAGAGCGCCGACCGAGCCCUUCUCAUCACAGACCAGCACCUGUACAAGAUGGAGCCAAGGAAGCAGUACAGAGUGAUGACGUCCAUUCCCCUCCAAAUGGUGACAGGAGUGAGCGUGACCAGUGGCGUGGACCAGCUGGUGGUAUUCCACACAAAGAACCACCACGGGCUGAUGGUCUGCCUUCACAAGAUGCGUCCAGUCAAUGACAACCGGGUUGGAGAACUGGUGGGCGUGCUGGUGGACCACUUCAGAAGGGCAAAGCUGGAGCUCCGCGUUCAAGUGGCGGACUGCAUCCAGCUCAGCCUGAAAGGAAGGAAGAGGCUGGUGACCGUGGAGACGACGACGGACGCAGAAGCCCAGCCCAACUUCGUCAAGAGUCGGGAUGGUUUCAUUCUUUACUCACCAAGGAGAUGAACAAAGGAUGGGGCGACCGCUGGCUGGGAGACGUGAAGAGAGCAGGGAGAGGCCUUGAGCACUCCGGCCCCAGGUGUUCCGUUGCUUUGGGGCAGCUGGGAACCCGAAGACCCUGGUUCGAAUCCCCACUCUCCUCAGGGAAGCUUACUGGGUGCUUCGGACCAGUCACUCUCUCUGAGCCUAACCUACCUCAAGGGUAAUUGUGAAGAUAAAAUGGAGACCAAUGUAAGCCGCUCUGCGUGCCAUGGGGGAGAAAAGCGGGGUAUAAGUAAAUUAAGUAAAAUGAAUACAUACAUACAUACAUUUGCAGCCCAUCCAAAAUAGGGAAAAAUCUCCACAUGGGUAGCGAAGAACCCUCUCGUUGCGUACCCAGAGGUGGGAUCCAGCAGGUUCUCACAGGUUCCCGAGAGUAGCUUACUAAUUAUUGGUGUGUGCCAA